CGGCCGAUGUCGGACCCCAGGUUGAGGUUGGCCACGCCCCUAGCGGUCGCCGCGUCGAUGGCGGGAAAUUCAAAAUUUGAAUCUUCCGAAAUGGCGGGAAGGUGCUCCGGACGCCGGCUCCCCUCGCCCCGCGGUGGACCACCAGCCCCCAGCCGUGUGAUGUUUUCCAGCGUAGCGGCAGCGGCGUAGAGCAAUUCAGCCAGUCUCUCGUGAGCCAGCCUCAGCUCGUCUGUCCGCGGCUCCUCUUCCUGCCGACGUUCCGGUAAGAACGCGUCCGGCCCCGGCUGCACGUUGUCCUGUUGAGCCAUCUCGGGCUCGACAAUUUCGGCGGCGUCUUCCAUUUGCUGUGUAGGGAUGUUAGAUAGAGGGCCGUUAUGCAUGGCAGCCUAUGGGGAAGAAACACAGUAGGCGGGGCUACGUGUGUGCACAGGGAGAUGCCCUCUGCGACGUCCGAGCCAGACACCCUGGGGGGGGCUGGUUCGGCGUUACGAUCCCCCGGGGCCCCACCCCUCAAGGAGGGUCGGGUAUAAAAGGGGUCGUUAUAUGGGCUUAGGCAGUUAUGUUAUAGUUAAGCUAAGAAGUCGGAAGACGUCGUAGCUAGAGCCCUGGACUCCCCCUGAUCGCCGCCCUUAUCAGGGCCCCACGGGAUCAGGCCCGAGCCAGCGGCGUGGUCCCGUGAACCAGAGCCAGUGCUCUGGGACUCCGGGUACCGAAGCCCGAUUACCAGUGUCGGGCCAGACAGCCUCCCCUAGCUCUUAGUGGAGGACUCAGGGGAUAGGCUAUGGAUAGCUAGGGGUAUUCCCUGAGUUAUACGGGUGAGGGGGCCGCUACCCCCUCUAGUGCUGUCCUGUACUGGCAACUUGUUAAAUAAAUAUACGUGUGCCUCAACUCCGUUGUCAAGCGUCCUCGACGGGUACUUCAUCUGGCGUCAGAAGUGGUAAAAAUGGAAACGCGCCAUACAGCUCGGACCAGGGUACCACGAGAGGAGGACGCCGCGGAAAUCGCCGAGCCCGAGACAGAGCAACAAGAUGGGGUGCAGCCGGAGCCUGGCGCCUUCUCACCGGGACGUCAGCAUGGAGAGGGGCCGCAGCCGGAUGCACUACGACUGGCUCACGAACGGUUGGCGGAGCUACUUUAUGCCGCUGCCGCCACACUGGAAGGCAUUACGCGGUUGGGGGCUGGUGGUCCACCGCAGGGCGAGGAGAACCGGCGGCCGGAGCACUUUCCCGCCAUUUCAGCGACUUCAAAUUUUGAAUUUCCCGCCAUGGACGCCGCGGCUGUUCGGGGCGUGGCCAGCUUAGACAUCGGCUCCGACAUCGCCGUCGCCGGGGCUGCAGCGUCAUCACAGCCGAAGGAUGCGUCAUCGCUGCCGCGACAGGCGAUGCCAUCGGCCAGUCGCGCCGAGGCACCGCCAAAGGGAGGUGAAAGCAACCUGCGGGAGUCUACAUCGACCGCUGCGCUUCACCAAAGACUGCCCCCGCUGAAAGAAUUCAUCGGUGCGGAGGGUGACUGGGGCGGCUUCCGGCGACGCUUCCUUGCCCAUCAGGAGAUGGCGCGGUGGUCCGACGAGGAGGCCCUUUGCGCGCUACCGGCGCUCCUCGACGGGGACGCGCUCGCCGCACUCACGUCGGCGCCAAAAGAAAAGCGGGCUACACUACCAAUGGCGCUACAGCUGCUGGCCGGGGUCUAUGGACCUUCGGCCGAAUGCCGUCAGCAGUUCUACGACCGCAGGCGGGGUGAAAAAGAGUCGCCUCUGGCUUUCCGGACAAGUCUUCUGGCGCUGGCAAAAACGGCCUUUCCCCGCAUGGACGACGACGGCGUGGACGCAAUGGUCGCGGAGAAGAUCCUCCUCUUGGCGGACGACCUCGACAUCGUCGUCAUCGCACAAGGGGAUGCAGAAAUGACCUCCCUCCAGGCUGCGCGACUCCUCCACGCCAAUCUUCUGCAGCAGCGGCGAAAGGCAAACAGGGCAUCGGCUGGGCGUGCGGUGGCUGCAGCCACCCUUCCGUCAGAAGAACUUUAUGCCGUCGACCAUCGACGGCAACAGACGACGGGGGCGCGGCCGGGUCGUGACGGGGCGAGGCGGUUCGACCGUCCAUCGUCUCCAUCGGCGCUCCCGCGGUGCUUCAACUGCGGCAUCCGGGGCCAUGUCGCCUCGGGGUGCCGUUCUCCUCGACAGCGGGGGACGACGCCUCGACGGGACGCCGGCCCUCCUCUUCCUCCUCCCAAGCUCCAGCACCAUGAUCCGGUUCUCCCGGAAUGACGGGCUCGCGCACGUCCCUCACGGGGGAUGCCAAGGGUCCCGCCGCUCCAAUUGCGGACUCGCCUCGGAUGGGACCGCGGCCACCGAGUGGUCCGCCAUCUGAGGUUGGCCCUUGUGACGGGCCUGCGGCAAGGACGCGCGCUAAGAUGCGCAGACUCUUAUAAAACACUGGAACGCGAAGAAGAACUGAAAACGAAACGAAAAUGAGAAAAUACUUUUUUUUAUUUUUUUUUGGCGUUUUCUUGUACACUUUCGUGUGCUGUGGUUACUGGGCGCCGCGGUCGCGUGGCGCUCUUGGCGCGUUGUUGUAUUAUGGCUGUGGGUGUGUGUGUGUCUUGUGUGCGUGUUGUGUGUGCGCUGAGGGUUCCGGGAAAUGUACAUACCUUGCCUCUACGGAUUUCGUAUUUAUUCGGGGGGGGGGCGCGUCGGUUUGUUCUCCCUUUAGGGGCAUUGUUAGUAUUGUUUGUUCAAAUCUCGUUCUGUUAAUGAAAAAAUGGGGCACACGGGGGGGGGGUCAAGGGGUAAAGAUUCGUUGUUUAAAUUGUUGCAGCCGGGACGGCUGCGAGCUAUGUGGGGGGGAGUGAUGUAGGGAUGUUAGAUAGAGGGCCGUUAUGCAUGGCAGCCUAUGGGGAAGAAACACAGUAGGCGGGGCUACGUGUGUGCACAGGGAGAUGCCCUCUGCGACGUCCGAGCCAGACACCCUGGGGGGGGCUGGUUCGGCGUUACGAUCCCCCGGGGCCCCACCCCUCAAGGAGGGUCGGGUAUAAAAGGGGUCGUUAUAUGGGCUUAGGCAGUUAUGUUAUAGUUAAGCUAAGAAGUCGGAAGACGUCGUAGCUAGAGCCCUGGACUCCCCCUGAUCGCCGCCCUUAUCAGGGCCCCACGGGAUCAGGCCCGAGCCAGCGGCGUGGUCCCGUGAACCAGAGCCAGUGCUCUGGGACUCCGGGUACCGAAGCCCGAUUACCAGUGUCGGGCCAGACAGCCUCCCCUAGCUCUUAGUGGAGGACUCAGGGGAUAGGCUAUGGAUAGCUAGGGGUAUUCCCUGAGUUAUACGGGUGAGGGGGCCGCUACCCCCUCUAGUGCUGUCCUGUACUGGCAACUUGUUAAAUAAAUAUACGUGUGCCUCAACUCCGUUGUCAAGCGUCCUCGACGGGUACUUCAGCUGUACUCUGGCUUGAGCUGAUUGGCGCGUGUCCAUCGGUGGUUCUUCUGACGCCAGAUGAAGUACUCUUGAAGACGCGUGGACAACGUGGUAAGGCACACGUAUUUAUUUGCACAAUGUCUUACAGCACUGGAGGGAUGUAUCGGCCCCCUCACCCAUAACACUGGGAAUUCACCCCUAGCUAGCCUUCCUAGCCGAGUCCUCCGCUAACGGGCUAGGGGAGGCUGUCUGGCCCGACACUGGUCAGUCGGGCUACGGUACCCGGAAUCCCAGAGGUCUACCUCUGGUUCCGGGACCACACCACUGGCUCCAGCCUGCGCUGCCCUUACAAGGGCGGCGUCCCAGGGGGAGUCCAGGGCCUAUCUGGCCGGUCUUCUGUCUUCCCUUAACUACACUAAGACUGAGCCCCGAGCUCUCUGGCUCAUCCCUUUUUAUACCCCCCUAGAGGAUCGAAACCCCCCUCACGCCGUCCAGUGCGGACGUCGUUGCGGGCACCACCCCGUGUGCUCACGGAGUCCCCGCCCACUGUGUUUGUUAUCCGUUAGCCCCUAUGCAAACAGCCCUACACAAACAGCCCCUCUGUAACAGCCCUACACAACCAAGGUUUUUUUUGUGUCGGUGGUGUUACUCGGGGUUGGGGGUUGCUCUGCCUAUCUACCGGUUGCAGUUGCUGGAUGUCAGCCAACUGUUGUCCAGCAACGGCAACUGGGGUUUAGAAACAGUACACGCCGGCAAGCAUAUACACGGGUGUGUCGGAAGGGCGGAGGAACUGGGCAAGGGUCAGGGAAGACCAUAUCUGGAGCCCCUGGAAUCUGCUCGUGGGUUCGAGAAGAAAGGCGCGACGAGGGCGGAGCCAGGCCAUGCUGGGUAGCAUAAAAGGAGCUGAGAGUGGGAGCUCAGGGAUGCCGGUUCUGAGAGUGGGCUCUUCUCGUCGUCACUGUCAUCUUCGUCGCUUUUGUCGCUGCCGUCUUUGCUAGAUAUUGCGCGGCCGGAGAGUUGUUGGCUGUCUCGGUCAGCGCCAUCGGUGUUAUUCAGUCAGGGUUGUGUUUAGGCUAGGCUAGAUAACUAUGGAUAGAGCGAUGGCGAACCUGUGAAGGUGUUAAUAAAGAAGGUGCCCCCUGAGAAACCGUGUCUCCUGCUCCGAUGACGACACUAGUAACAAAUUGGCAUGUUCUGUUUACAUGUCACACCUUCCUAAUUGGCUGUGCCGGGUGGUGGCGGGUUUAAUGAUGCAUUUGUUUUACGCGAUCUAACCCAAAAAACCUCUUAUGGAUGAUAUUGGUCGCGGAAGCCGACGUGUUAAACUUGCUUAAUUGCCUCAGCAAUUCGGAGUUUUCUAUCAUAUCUCAUCACAAACACUUGAAGAGCACCCCACGUGGCAGCUGCCUCUGUAUGGCAUAAGAUGGCCCUGCACCAGCCUGCAUGUGGGCAUGAGUCUGUCAGUAGCGGGCGAUAAUUGGCAUGUAAUCUCCGUUACGUUUUUUCUGGAUAAUAUUUGGAAUUACCCAAAUUUUGACAAUGACAGCAACAUGCAAUGACCUAUGCGUUUUGAAUGACACAAUAGUAUGUUUUACAUCCACUGUUCAGCAGACGGUGCAUAUUUUGGUUAAUGUUACUGGAGUAGCCAGAGGUGCCUAUCGGAUUUGUACCUUAAACCUCUGCAAUAAAAAGAAUGCGCUACCACUUGGCUUCCCUCAAUCUGAGUGUAGGCAUGCCAGCCUGAAUGUUUCUAACCGAUGCAGAUGUUCCAUUUAGAGGGUCCACGUUUCACAUGCCUGUAGAAGGAAGGACAUGACUGGUCGAGAAGACCCGACGCUCCGUACGGAGCGAUUGACCAGGUAGCUUCCACGCAGCAAUGCGCAGCUGAUGAAAAGAUAAUGCGGCCCGACUGAUUCGGACCAUCCACAGUGUGUACACAUACGCAGUGUAUAAAUUGUAUAAAUAAGGUGUACACACAGUCUGCUCAUACACGGUGUAUACAUAGUAACAAGAACAAUAACCACCAUUUUCCACUAAGUGGCGGUGAUGUCACCACGGCGCUUGUACCAGGCUAUGUGCACGUUAAGGUCACGUGAAGUGUCAAACGCCCGCCAGCAGGAGUUCACGGGGCAGACCCAGGUGCCAUGGGUCGACUGACUGAGAUGACUUUGUCCCCGACUGUGCCAACACUGUAUGCAGUUUAACACGUAGGCUUUUGUGUCCAAUAUCAUCCAUUAUAGAGGUUUGUGGGUUACAUCGCAUAAAUAUAGAAAUGUGUUGUUAAACCCGCCGCCACCCGACAGCCAACGAGUAAGGGUUGUCACAUUAACAGAACAUGCCAAUUGGUCACAAGUACAGCACACCGGUGUGUUGGAGAGCCAAGCCACAACAUUUACAAUCUGAGUACGACGUUUCGCCAGUAAUUAGAACUAGCUUCAUCAGGCGACAGACAGAUUUGUGAAGUCUUUUAUUUCGUUACUUAUAUAGAGGCGUAGAUGUGUUGACCACCCUUCUGCAGUCUUGCACAAUGUGGGGGGGAUUAUUGAGGCAAUGUACAUUAUGCAUGUGCUGCAUUAUGCGAGUACUUUGAACGUAUUCUUCCUGUCUCUUGUGUUUUUAAAAUAGCCCUACCAAUGGUAAUCCCUAUGGAAGUACGCUGCCCUUUGUAGGCAUGCAUUUAAAUAAUGAUCGAGAAGAAACCUGAUGGCUUGUUGGGACAUUCUACCUACAGGAAAGCCACCCACACAGAUUCUUAUCUAAAGCCUGAUUCCCACCACCAUCCAGCCCAGAAGAACUCCCUCAUUAAAACACUACACCAUAGGGCCCAUCUCCGAUCAGCAACACAUAGCCAGUGAGCUGGAGCACGUAUACCAAGCCCUCAAGAUGAAUACAUAUUCAAACAGCACAAUCUGCAAAGCUGAAUACCCAACCAUGGGGAGAGAACCAUCUGAGGACCCAAUCAAAACCAUCACUUUGCCAUACAUAGCAGGUGUUACAAAAAAGAUUUCCAAAGUCUUGAACAAACACAAGAUCCAGGUUCGAUUCAACACAGUACACAAAAUCCAUGAUUUUAUCUCAUCUGUGAAGGAUGUCAUUCCUGACAUGCAAUACCCUGGUGUCUACAGAUUAAGUUGUGUCUAUGGUAGCAGUUAUAUCGGGGAAAUGAAACGACAUGUCUCGGACCGUGUUCGCGAACACAAGACAGAUUUGAAACACGGCAGAACCAAUACCUCUGCCGUGGUUGAUCACUGUUUUAACGCGGUGGGUUCAAACAAUAUUGUUUUUUUCCGAGACUAAGGUACUCUGCAAACCUUUGGGCUACCAUCAAAGAUUUGUCCAUGAAGCCAUCCGAUAUAUAAAGACAAUUUCAACCAAGAAGAUGGGUACAAACUGAGCAAUCAUUGGAAGGAUGUUAUUAACCAGGUAAAGUUAUAACUUGCUGUGAUGUUUCCAUCUUUCCUGCCGUUGUUUUACAUUAACAGACUAAGGUCUCACUAACAUAGCCACCACUGCUCCAUUUUGCCUGUAUGUCUCACUGGCACGGCCACCGAUACGGUGGUUCUCUUGCGUUGAUACGCAGGCCUCUCACUGCAGCAGCCAACGCCCCAGCUUGUGUUGUCCACGAGGUGGCGCUAUGCCCGGUCCUCUAACACAGACAUGCUAUCUUCCCAUUAAACUCGUUUACAUUGACAUGCCAAUCUCUCCCUUUAACGCAGCUGUUGUGUGUGUGGCGACAGGACUCCUUUACAUCUCUGAUCCUGCCUACUUAUCCUUGGGUGACACCCACUUCAAACCUAUAUAUGGCCUCUUGUUGCAGCAGCCCUUGUUUGUUCAGUUCUACUGCUGUUUCUUUCCACCUGAUGACUAUUGCUUGUGUUGCGAUCAAAACGUGACUUAUAAUUUAUUUUUAUACCAACGUGACUUUACCGAAAGAACCAAAGAGUAUAAAUAACAUCAAAAUCAAUUGAGUGUCCUUGUUGGCACGUGUGUUCUGCUACUGCUGACAGGUGCAUUUGGGAGAAUUUUAUAUUUCUCCGAUGUUCUUUUAGUCUCGUGCUGAUCAUUCGUCCUGUUUGCCCAACGUAAUAUUAACCACACGUGUAGUUAAUCCUGUACACACCUUCGGUUGAUAUAUUCGGUAAUACAUCUUUUGUACCAGAUUAAAUUCUGUAUUUUAUGUACCGUGCCAAA